AUGAGCAUUGCGAACCAGCCGUACGAGCUGCUCGCCAACCGUGUCCACAAGCAGUUUGUGGUGGAUCCGGAAAUCACUAUGGGCGCCCUUAAUGAGCUGGAAGGGAAAAUGGAUGCGAUUCGCACCCAUAAGAACACCCUGACAGACGAGGAGCUCGAGAAGGCUUACAGGGAACUGGGAGACCAGGAACUGGAAACCAACCUCACCUCUAUGAGAAGGACAUUGCAUCAGGUUAUCCUGAGGGCUCCAGAUGGGGGCGCCAAGGCGCCAGAGCGAGUCAGAAGGAUGCCACAGCGUCCGAUGAUGAGUCAGGGAGCAAAGCAAGUUGUCGCUGUGCAGACUGGGCCUGGGAGACGCCGCCAGACUGGCGCUGUAGUGCCGGCUGCGCCUCAGUCGGGGUCUCGGCCAGGGAGCCUCAAAGGUGAGCUCCAGCAGCAACAGCAUGGAAAGGAGAAGGCUUUGAGCGGGCAGGAGUGCUUGAGCUGCAACCGACACCGCAGCAAUGGAGAGGAAUAUCCGGGUGUUGGGUACAUCUGCGACGAGUGUCAUGAUGCUCAAGGAGCAGGCGGGAGUGGCGCAGACCAGGGCAGGCGAAGGACUCGCGAAGCUGCCACCAGCUAUAUCGAGGAGGAUGACUUCGAUCCAGACACCCGGAACUACCGGCAGCCGCGCCUGAAGGAGGGUGGCCUGCCCACCAACAACUUCUAUGGCAAGAUGGAUGCGUCCGGCCCUGCGCGGCCUCAGAGCAGAGGGGCUGCUCAGGACAGCGGCGAGCAGACCUUCUCGAGGACGCGGCAAGGCGCUGCUACCCGCAAGCGCAUAGUUGAGCAGGACAAUGAGCCGAUCACCCUGGAUGAUACGGACGACGAGGAGGCCGGCCCAGGGCCGGGCAGCCUGGCGGACGCAGCGCAGCCGCGGCGCAGCCAGCGCUCCAAUGCCUUCAAGGGGCCCAUGCAGAGGUUCGAGGGCUUGAAGGCGCUGUACCCACCAUGCGGCGGUCCUGGGGCUGUGGAGAUCACGCCCGCUGACAUGGCGCGCCUCAAUCCCGAGGAGUUCCUGAAUGACACCAUCAUCGACUUCUUCAUGAGGCACAUUUGGGAGCAUCUGCCAGAGGAGGUGAAGGCACGCUGCUACUUCUUCAACAGCUUUUUCUGGAAGAAGCUGACGGAGAAGUCUGGCCUGUCAUCCACCCUCGACAACGGCCCCAGGGGCCCUGUGGCGGCUGCCAACCAUGAGCGGGUGAAGAAAUGGACCAAGGGCCUGGACAUCUUUGCGAUGGACUUCCUGUUUGUGCCCAUCCACGACCACCUGCAUUGGAGCCUGCUCAUCGUGUGCAACCCCGGCGCCGACCCCGAGGACACCUCCAGGACGCCCUGCAUGCUGCACCUGGACUCCAUGACUGGCAUGCACCAUCCCUCAUGCCUGCUGCACAUCCAUGAUGUGUAG